AUGACCAGUUCUAAGCCAAAGAAGGAUAUCACAAUACAGUCUUCACAAUCUCAAGUGACUACAAGUGUAAAGAAAAAACUGUUAGACCAGGGGAAAUCGUCCACAGUGAGCAAUAAGUUGUCACAAUUUGAUACCAAUUCAACAUCCUCUAAGGCCAAAACAGGAACCCCUUUGGGAAAAGAACCCAACAGAACCAAGUCCUCCCUUGCUACAACUAGUGUAUCUCUACAUUCACAGUCUCAUGAAGUUGUUUACAAAAUUUUCACGUAUAUUGUCAUUAUACUUCCCACAUUGACAUCUAUAAUUUUCCCCAUCAACACGAAAAGUAUCCCCCAAAAUGAACAAAUUGGAAACUUUAUUAUUGAUUUGUUGACGGUUGUGUUGAUUAGUUGGAUAGUUAGGUUUACCCUCGAGUGGCCGUAUAAUUGGAUGAAGGAAUUGGAAACAACAAGGACAAAGCUACUUCAACAAUUGACUGAAGAUGAUUUUGCUAUUGAACACACCAACAAGGUUAUUAUGAUGGUUCGAAAGAUAAACACUUUUCAAAUAAUGGCAUUGGUUUGUUGUCUAGUUUCGUCACUUUUGAGUUCAGUUUUGCUUAUAUGGACCAGAAAAUAUACGAUAAUUGACCAAAAGCGUAAAAAAAUGGUGUUCAAUAAUGUCAAUAUCGCCUUGUUGCAGUUUUGGUCAAUUUUUAGGAUUAUCAUUACAUUUACUGAUUCAUUGCAAUAUUCAUCCUUGAAUAACAGCAACAGUCCUCUUUAUACUCAGAGCCCAAGUUUCCAAACGUGGUUUUCGGAUUUAAAGCAAUACUUCCUACCCAAUCUUACAAAUCAAAUCUUGUUGGACCACUUGCAAGUUCACAAUAAACAGUUUGAUCGGUUGAAGUUGGAUUUGAUAAAGUUGCAAAAGGAGUUGGAUAAGCGAGACCAGACUCAAGCACAAGCUCAACAAAAUGAGUACACACAGUAUCAAAAACUGCUGCUGCUGCUGCUGCUGAGGCAAAAAGAGUUACUGGCCCAUGGCAAGUUGCAACCGAAAAUCAAGCAGGCCCAGUCCCAACAUCCAUUACUCGUGCCACUGCACAAUAACACAUCAUCUGAACAACAAAUGGUAUACAUGGUGAAUAACUCCUUUCCGCCAUUUCCAUUGGGAGUACUGCCCCCAAAAUUAUCACCACUAUUUUCGCCAAUGCAAACUGAAUUUGAUUAUUCGCAAUUAACACCCACUCCAUCGCUACAGAAGCAUCAUUCUUUUUCGCAAACACCUUUAAAAACCAUAGUUGAGGAGGAGGAUUUAAUUUUUGAAUCUUUGGAACCACCAUCGUUUAAUAAAUUUGAAUCACAAGGUCGUCAGCUUUCCAGUAAGACUAUAUUGGAGCGCACUAGAUCUGUAUUGCAAGCUAUCAGGAACGAAAUUACUAUUCAUGAUUUAGUGAAUAAUCCAAAAUCGGUUAGAAAAGUGUUGGUUACUAAAUUGGCAUUUUUGAUGAAUGAAUACAAAUCUAGCGAUAAUGAAAUAUUAAAAGUGUUUUUUAUGGAGGUCAUUGAUAAAUAUUUGUUGGGAAUAUAUGUUCAAAUAAUGGACCACUUAGUGGACCUUAUUUAUCAUCCAUUUCACUACUUGUUGAACGCAAUAAUUUGGUCCAGUUUCAAAUUACCCCUUUACGUGGCUAAAUUAUAUUUCAAAAUGCUUUUAACUGUCCCUAUCUUGCUUGCCCAAUGGGUCAUGAUAAAACCGGUGAAGUUUGUGGCUUCACAAAUAAGUUCCAUGGUGAAGGCUAUAUUUUCUUUGGUUCUUUUUAUAUUUGCAACCGAAGAUGCACCAACACCUCAACCUGCUGAUGUUUUUGCUGCUACUGGCCCCAACCAUUUAGCGCCAUCUCCUCAAAAACCAACAAAUUUUAAACCAAUGUCUAGAUUAUACAAGACCCAACCUGAUCCUACUCAAUUUACAAUGAAACAAUUUCAUCUUUCUCCCGUAUUGUCCAAAGAUGAAUAUUUUACCAAGAAUUUUGAUCAAGAGACUAAAGCACAAGCAAAGUAUAAGAAUGCCCUGUUGAUCUCAAUUACGCCAAGUUCAUCAAAAUCGAGCAGUAUUAGUAAUGGGAAUAUACCUAGACAGAGUCUUAAACUAAAUAGUGCGGUCUUAUAUGAUGAUUAA